AUGCGUGUUGUUACCGUCCCCGCUCUCGAAGAUAACUACUCGUAUAUCAUCCUCGAUGAAAAGUCAUCAGAGGCCGCUGUGAUCGACCCCGUCGAGCCACAAAAGCUGAUGCAUAUCCUCCAGCACCUCGGCGCCAAACUCACCUCCGUCCUCUGCACACACCACCACUGGGACCACGCCGGCGGAAAUGUCGAACUCAUUGCCAAGAAGCCCGGUCUCGCCGUCUACGGUGCCGAUGCCCGUAUUCCCGAGAUCAACUAUGUCGUCAAGGACAGGGAAGAGUUCAAGAUCGGAAGUAUUACCAUCCAGGCCCUCUGGACCCACUGCCACACCAAGGGAUCCAUCAGCUACUAUGCCCGCGAUGGCAACGACCGGGCCGUCUUUACUGGCGACACCCUCUUCCUCAGCGGCUGCGGAAGGUUCUUUGAGGGAACGGCGGCAGACAUGUAUAACAGCUUGCUCCACAUCCUGGCCACUCUCCCCGUCGAGACCAAGGUCUACUGUGGCCACGAAUACACUCGCGCCAACCUCGAGUUUGCCCUCCAUGUCGAACCCGACAAUGCGCACGUCGUCCAAAAGCUGAGGUGGUGCAUAGACAAUAAUGUCACCAUCACCGUCCCCGGCACCAUUGGUGAGGAGUUGCUCUGCAAUCCCUUCCUCCGCGUCAAGUAA